AUGAGCAGCCCCGAGAUCACGGACGAGCUGACGCUUGUCGACUGGGAUGAGAUUACUCUGGGAGCCUUGGCUUCUCAUCUCGCGGGCAUCAAGGCAGACUUCAGUGCCGACCUUUCCACCUUUGAGUCUGGUGAGUGCACUGUUGAAGACUUUUUGCAACACUUUGGAGAUAACUGGCCAGUGCUCGCCCCCUUCACAACUCCUGUAUACUCCAACAACGGCGCUGCAAUCCUCGGACUCGUCAGCUACAGCUCGCUCGUCGCGCUCGUGCCCGACUACAAUCUCGUCUUUGCCGUCAUGGCCACCGGCCCCACCUCCGAGCUCCCCUCCCUCGGGCCGGGGCUUAACCUGACGCAGUGGAUCGUGAGGGGCAAGGACCUCACGGCGGCGCUUCUGCAGCCCGCGGUCCUCGUGCCGGCCCCGGCCGAACGCCCCGCCGCCGCCGCAGCUGCCGUCGGCCAGUCUGCGGCUGUACCCGACCAAGCUCGGGAGCAAGGCGCGGGAGAGCUGGAGAGGGGGGUGAUUGGCGUCGGUACGGCCGAGCAGAUCGCGCAGGCGAAUGCGCUGCUGGCCUGGGAGGAAGGUGAGCGCCGCGGUUCCGCAAAGGUUCAGAAGGUGAAGUGUCUUGGUUAG